AUGGACGACGAGGAUACCUCCAACUACCAGAGCAACGGAGAGUUCGACCUGAUGGAGUUCUCCGCCACCAGGAACAUCACGUAUUAUUCGUGUUGUCCAGAGCCCUACCCUGACAUCACCUACACCAUCAAGAUCAGGAGAAGACCCAUGUUCUAUGUCUUCAACUUAAUUCUGCUGUGCGUUCUUAUCAACGGCAUUGGAAACGCUGCUGGUGUUCUACGUUCCGAGCGAAUCCGGGGAGAAGGUGACCCUGGGGAUCUCGUCCCUUUUAUCUAUGACUGUUUUUCUCAUGACGAUCCGGGAGAGCCUCCCCCCGACGGAGAAGACGCCUCUCAUAAUGGAACCACGUGGAAUCUGAACAUUAGUAACUCCAAGGGGAACAACGUUGAAAGUCUGAACAUAAAUAGGUCACUUCCAGGGGAACCACGUAUGUCACUACGCGUUACAAUCUGCCUCGUCAGCUUCGCCUCUGGGCUGUCAGUGCUGACGCUGAACAUACACCACCGGGGAAUCAGAGGGCUGGAGGUUCCCACUGUGGUCAAAAAAGUAGUUUUAGGAGGAAUGGCCCGACUCGUCUUCCUCCAUUUUGAGCCCCCGACGUCUGUCAAGGAUGAUAAGACCAUCCUACAAAACGAUUUAAGACCCGAACCCUGCGGUCGCACGGACUCCAUGAGCAUGGAAAAAAUCCACAUCCGCGAGUUAGACGUGACAGAUAACUUCCGCAUGUCACCGAGAUCUGCCCAGAGGCAGCAAAUGGGUCCCAACAACGAUACCCCGACAGCCACGCCUACAGCAACACAGGUCACAGAAAACCCUCACAGACGCAUCAUGGAUUUAGGUAAUGUUGGAGAUGUUAGAGAAUGGGAGAAAUGCGAUCGUGACCGAUACCAGUUCGAGUGGAAAAUUCCCUUCCUCCGGCCCAUUGGUUCAACGCUGGAGAUUUGGUGCCGAACCAGUGAGAUUUGGUGGCGCUCUCAAAGUUGCGACAUAAGGCACCGACGAAGAAGAGUUUGA